UAUAAUCAUAUGUUGUGCUAAUAUAUCUAAUACGGAAUAAAUGGCUUACUUUAUCUUAUAGAAUUCUUAUUAAUUAAUUAUUUCAUGAUAAGAUUUGAUUUUUAUCUCCCUUCAUAUAAAAUAUAGUACAUCCCAAUCAUUUAAUGCAUUGAUGAUUUUUUUAUUAAUUCGUUACAAGAUGAUUAUUUUCGGUGUAUUAGCGUUAUUAAGUGCUAUUGGUGCAAUUCACGGAAAGGAAAAUGUAGUGGCUUGCUACUAUGGUACUUGGGCAGCAUACAGACCAGGUCUGGGUAAUUUCGCCGUUGACAAUGUAGACCCAUUCUUGUGCACACAUCUCUUUUACGCAUUCGCGGGUAUCGACACCGAGGGAACGAUUAUAUCCCUAGAUCCCUAUCUCGAACUUCCUGAAAACAGAGACAAUUUCAGAAAAUUCAAUGGUUUAAAAAAGAAAAAUCCCAGGCUUAAAACCGUUUUGGCUGUUGGAGGGUGGAGUCAAGGGUCUUCAAAAUUUUCCGUAAUGGCAGCUAGUCCUGCUUUGCGAAAAAAUUUCAUCGAUAGUGGUCUCCAAAUGCUACGCGAUUACGGUUUCGACGGGUUAAGUAUAGACUGGUUAUAUCCUAACGGCCGUGAUACUGUUCAUCACAGAGCUGACAUAGAUAAUUUCACACAACUAUUGAAGGAAAUUAAAGAGGAAUUUGAUAAGCACGGUCUUAUACUGACAGCUGCUGUAGCGUCACAUGAACAAGGGGCAUCAUUAUCUUAUGAUGUGCCAUCAAUAGCAAAGUGAGUUGUUUAAUUUUAUCUUAAAGAGAAAUUAGUCAUUUAUUACUCUGCG